GCCGCCUUCCCCCCGUGAUGGCGGAGGACAGCGAGUCUGCAGCCAGCCAGCAGAGCCUCGAGCUGGACGACCAGGACACCUGCGGCAUCGACGGCGACAAUGAGGAGGAGACGGAGCACUCCAAGGGAAGUCCAGGAGGAGACUUGGGAGCUAAGAAGAAGAAAAAGAAACAGAAGCGGAAAAAAGAAAAGCCAAACUCUGGGGGAACCAAAUCGGACUCUGCAUCUGACUCCCAGGAGAUUAAAAUUCAGCAACCGUCAAAAAACCCGGCCAUUCCAAUCCAGAAGCUGCAAGAUAUUCAGAGAGCUAUGGAGUUACUGUCUGCAUGCCAAGGGCCAGCAAAGAAUAUUGAUGAGGCGACCAAACGUAAAUACCAGUUUUGGGAUACGCAGCCCGUACCCAAGCUUAAGGUGAUUUAUGACUUUAUUACUCCCAGUGAGAAGAAAAUGGUAGAAAUUAAUUUUCUAUGUGUCCAUAAAAAACUGCGAUCUAAGCGAGUAGCACCAGUCUUGAUUCGGGAGAUAACCAGGAGAGUGAACUUGGAAGGGAUUUUUCAGGCAGUUUAUACUGCAGGAGUGGUACUCCCCAAACCCGUAGCAACUUGCAGGUACUGGCAUCGCUCACUGAAUCCCAGAAAGUUGGUAGAGGUGAAAUUUUCUCAUUUGAGUAGAAAUAUGACUUUACAGCGAACGAUGAAGCUCUACAGACUUCCUGAUGCUACAAAAACAUCAGGUCUGAGACCUAUGGAACGGAAAGACAUUAAAGCAGUACAAGAGUUAAUUAACAAUUACUUGAAGCAAUUUAAUCUUGCUCCUGUUAUGGAUGAAGAAGAGGUGGCCCACUGGUUCCUGCCUCAGGAUCAUAUUAUUGACACAUUUGUUGUAGAGAGUUCAAAUGGUGGUUUAACUGACUUUCUGAGUUUCUAUACAUUACCGUCAACAGUCAUGCACCAUCCUGUUCAUAAAAGCCUCAAAGCCGCCUACUCCUUCUACAACGUUCAUACAGAGACCCCUCUUUUGGAUCUAAUGAAUGAUGCGCUCAUUAUAGCAAAAAUGAAAGGAUUUGAUGUGUUCAAUGCACUAGACUUGAUGGAAAACAAAGCAUUCCUGGAAAAACUGAAAUUUGGUAUUGGAGAUGGCAACUUGCAGUAUUAUUUGUACAACUGGAGGUGUCCUGGCAUGGAGUCCGAAAAGGUUGGUCUUGUAUUACAAUGAGGAGGAAGGACAUUUGUAUUUAUAGUACUGGGAAGUACCCACCUGAGGUGCUGGAAGCCGCGUGGAAUGGAAGCUUUUUGAUCAGUGCUGUUCAAUGGGAGCAAAAGCACAAUGCCUAAUAAACUCCAAAAAUCCACUGAACCUUGGGGGUGUGCACGAGGGAAAGAAGAAAUCCAUGCGUGGCUAAUCCUGCGCACCUUCAGCUCUGACCGGAAAAGCUCACGAACCUUUUAUUGUUUGUCAAUUAAAAGAAAUAAAGCACAUUUGUUUAAUUUUCAAUGUUCAGCUCGCAUCUUGAUGAAAAGGGUUCUCUUCUUCUUCCCCCUCUCCCCCACAUGUAAGACUGACUGUUGGGGGCGGGGGUUGUACAAAAACUCAACUACAGUGGGUGGAACAGAGUACAAAAAUCUUUACUGUUUAUGUGACUGAACUGCUGCAUUUCUAUUUAUUAAGUGGUAGUGUACGUUUGUCAAUGUAACAAAAAUGAAGGAGCCAAUUUAAGUAUUUCUGCUUAUUUCUAUCACAUGGAUGUCAUAGUUGAAGGGAGAAAAACCUGGGAAAGUAUGACUUUGUUAGGAAACAUGGGAGUCUUGGAUGUCUUUUGUAACUGUGGAGUGAUACAGAAAUGUGCUGGUUUGACUGGUGCACUGGUUUCUCCAUCAGCAAAGCUGCCAAAUCAAUAAAUACAGAUUUGUACUUUGAUCUUCAGUAGAUCACUGACUGGAUUCAAUAGCAUUGUAGGUGUUAUGUUGCCUGGAUGAUCAUGUAUUAUUCAUCUUGCAAUCUGAGGGAAGAAACCCUUUAACCUCUUUGGUAGUAGGUUAAGAACAGCCUGUACAUAAAACAAAGAAUUUUAAUACUAUCAGGAUGCUAAGAUUGAAUGUUUUCAAGGCUUUUGCAAAAUUGCACAUUCCUUUUGUCUACUUGCUUUUUUAAAAAUGUCCAUAAUUUUAAACUGGGUAUGUUGUGUAAAUAAGAAAAGUGUUGCUAGUAGUUGUAAGAUCCUGAGUUUUUGGAGCAAAGGUGUUUUGGGGGCUUAAGUGUCCCUCUGAGCCACGAAAAAUGCAUAUCUAUACACAAAUUCUUCCAAAUUCCCUUUUUGGAUGGUGCUGGUCUUUAUCAAUAUGCAACAAUACCUUCCUCUCUCUCCCUCUCCACUCCGUCCCACUCUUACCAGUACAGCCCAAAUUAGACUAAGAUGAAGCAUUUUAGCUGCAGUCUGCAACUCGCAACAAUCGACUGACUCCAAAAGAACAUAGGCUGUAUUGAAGGCAUUGCUUGCUUGAAAAGAAGGUCCAACACUUGCUUUCCAUCAUUUUGGGGGUUUGUACAGGUUAAACAGUUUUUGUGAAUGAAUCACCAUACUCUAAGCUGCAAACGCUUCAGCCUGGUUCAACUGGUUUUUAAAAGAUGUUUAGUUGUGAACUAAGCAUGUGAAAUGCACUCAAAUUACUGGUUAAGGUACAGAUUUACUGGAAGGAAGAAUGGUUAUUGUGAAUUAAAAAGCAACAACUACUGCUUGGGGGGGGGGGGAGAAGAUUGUUGCGAGAGGAUGCAGAGCUCCAUGCUAGACUAUUCAAUUAUUAACUGUUAUAUCUACUCUGCUCCUACUAGAGCUGAGACCGUAUCUGGAUGGUAGGAGGCCUGCCAGUUAUUCCCUCCAGACUGAUACCUACGUGCACUGAUUUAUAGUGUCCUUAAUUUGUCUCUGAUCCGGGAAGGUCAGAACAAAAACACAUGAUUAUAGAGGGGAAUAUCUGACUUUUCCACAACCCGUGAAACAACACUGUAAGCACCAAUUUUAGCCAGUGUAUAUACAGAUUGUCUUUCAUCUGCUUACACCUGUAGUAUUUAAUUAUAACUACUGUAAGUUCUGUUCCUGGGCCUCUCCCUACAACUGCCUGUUACUUUUUAAUAGUUAUACUACAACAGUUCAUUGAACUACAUUUACUCUGAAAAGCUACUCAAGUUGCUACCAUUUUGGCUGCUGAUGAGCAAAUUUUUAAGUUCUUAGAUUUCAACAGCAUAUUGUUGCUCUGACGUUGGGGGCCUUUCAGUCUGUCCAGGAAAUCUUUCUCUAGCAUGGGAUCUGUGAACAUCAUGCAUCUAAAGGUCCACAUCUUAAAUACUUAUUUCUUGCAAGUAUUUGGACUGGUUGAUAUGCUAAAGAAAACAUUUCUUAUAUUAAAAAAAUCCAAAUGCACCCAAGACUCAAUUGUGCAUGCAUUAUUUGACCACUGACACAAUUGUCCAAUAGAAUAUUAAAAGGAAAAACAUUAUAUGCUAUCUGAUUUGCAGAUGUUUGUGAUUCCCACGUUAACGGAUGCCUAGCUAUGGAGUCUAUAU